AUGAUACGCGGGCUGACCGGGAACCCUGCUUACUGGGUUUGCGCGUAUGCCAACAACCAGCACGAUCUGGAAGAGGCGAUUUCCGCCAACCCCCGGAAAACUUCGUUCUACCAGGCCAUGCAGCUGUGCCAAGGAGUCCUGCUGGUUUUGGAUUCAAUGGCAACGCCAUUCUCUCGUGUUUGGUGCUGCUUCGAAGAAAGCAUUGCUGCCGUGCCCUCGGUCAGAGUUGAAAAUGCCGCUACCCUGUGCCGGGACGUGGCUGCAGCAGACCAAAGUUUGGCCGGAGCAGAAGCCUCUGUCCUCCCGCUGCUGGGCCUGUUUGCCAAGUCCCAGCGCGAGAAAAACUUCCCAGUCCAUCUACUGCAGCAAGGGCUGGGCGUGGACAUUGAGACCGCGCGGGCUUCGCAGGAUAUUGAUAAAGUCCGAAUUCUCAACUCCAUUGCUUUUCCACGCUCCGAAACGCUGUCCCUCAACCACAGCUAUCCAGAGCAGCACGGCAACUAUGCAGUGGUGAACAAAGCCUUGGCAUCACUCUUUGCACUCCACGGCCUGCCAAACGGCUUUUCGGAAGGCGAUGCAGUGGCUUUGCUGGAUGCCCUGCGUGCAGACUCACUACGCACCACCGUCAACCUUGAGUUGGCAGGCUGCGCUCGCUUCCGCGACGCAGACUUGCAGGCCCUGCUUUCGCACCUCCCAGAGCGCAUCCUCCAGCUGCACUUGGAGCUAUGCUUUACUGGUCUGGAGCAUUUCAGGGUUGUUUGCUUGCCUGCAUAG